UUACCUGGCCUUGGUGACAGCUCUGGCCUGUGGUGCAGAUUGGGUGUUCAUCCCAGAGAUGCCUCCAGAUGAACAAUGGGAGGAGCAUCUGUGCAGAAGACUGACAGAUCAAAGAGGCCGUGGCUCCCGAUUGAAUAUUAUCAUUGUUGCAGAGGGAGCGAUUGACCGCAAAGGUAAACCCAUUACCUGUGACCACGUCAAACAGCUGGUGUCAAAGAAGCUAGGCUUUGACACCCGAACCACCGUCCUAGGCCACGUUCAAAGAGGAGGAACUCCUUCUGCUUUUGACAGAAUCUUGGCCAGCAGGAUGGGUGUGGAGGCAGUUAUGGCUCUACUCGAGGCCACACCAGAGACUCCUGCCUGUGUGGUCAGCUUGUCUGGAAACAUGGCCAUCAGGCUCCCUCUCAUGGAGUGUGUGCAAGUUACUAAAGACGUCACGACAGCCAUGGCUGAAGGGCGCUACGACGAGGCAAUAAAGCUCAGGGGAAAGAGCUUUGAGAACAACUGGACCACUUACAAAAUGCUGGCCCACGUGCACCCUCCAGAAACAAAGAGUAAUAUCAACAUUGCCAUUCUGAACGUGGGAGCUCCGUGCGCAGGAAUGAAUGCUGCAGUACGAGCAGCUGUCAGGACCGGGCUCCUUCAGGGUCAUCAAAUGCUGGCAGUGCAUGAAGGCUUUGAUGGCUUGGCACAUGGAAUGAUUGAGCCUAUCGGCUGGUCUGGAGUGGCAGGAUGGACUGGAAAGGGAGGAUCCAUGCUGGGCACAAAGAGAACUCUGCCCAGUGAGUUUAUGGAGGAGAUCAGUCUAAACAUCACCAAGUUCAACAUCCAUGCUAUUGUCAUUAUUGGAGGCUUUGAGGCCUUUCUGGGGGGUUUAGAAAUGGUGCAAGGUAGAGAGAAGUAUGAGGAACUAUGUGUUCCUCUUGUUGUUAUUCCUGCGACCGUCUCCAACAAUGUCCCGGGCUCAGACUUCAGUAUUGGCACUGACACUGCCCUCAACACCAUAACCAUGACAUGUGACAGGAUCAAGCAAUCUGCUGCUGGCACCAAGAGAAGAGUGUUCAUUGUCGAGACCAUGGGAGGAUAUUGUGGCUACCUGGCAACCUUGGCUGGGUUAGCAUCUGGAGCAGACGCAGCCUACAUUUAUGAGGAGCCGUUCAACAUUCAUGACCUUGAGGUGAAUGUGGAGCAUCUGGUGGAGAAGAUGAAGACCACGGUGAAGAGAGGGCUCAUUCUGAGAAAUGAGAAGUGCAACGCAAACUACACCACUGACUUUAUCUUCAACCUGUAUUCAGAGGAGGGCAAGGGUGUUUUCGACUGCAGAAAAAAUGUCCUUGGUCAUAUGCAGCAGGGUGGAACACCCACUCCUUUUGACAGGAACUUUGGCACAAAGAUGGGGAUGAAGUCUGUUCUUUGGUUGACUGAGAAGAUGAAGGAAUGCUAUAGACAUGGUCGCAUCUUUGCCAACUCUAAAGAUUCAGCCUGUGUCCUGGGAAUGAGGAAACGAGCUUUGGUGUUCCAGCCUUUGGCAGAACUUAAAAAUGAGACUGACUUUGAACAUCGUAUUCCAAAGGUCGAGUGGUGGAUGAGGUUGAGGCCCAUCUUGAAGAUCCUGGCCAAGUACAAGAUCAACCUGGACACCUCGGAGAAGGCUGCAAUGGAACAUGUCAUCAAGAAGAGAGGCGUAGUUCCUGUUUCUCAAUAGCCUUUCUGUGGGAUCAUCAUGUUCCAGGCUUUAGUUUCUUGUUUUCCUUUAAAGCACUUUGUAAACUUUGUGCAAUAUGAAUAAAGACGUGCAAAAAUAAUCUUACAAUACAAAGUCAAAUAUCA